GUUCAGAAAACCUUCUCAAACUCCAUACUAAGUAAACAGCCAUCCAAGAAAUCAUCAGAUAAGAUCUAACAUAAUGACGCUGAAGAGAAGUAGAGAAGAAGUAGCAGCGGAGGCAGAGGCGCUGGCCAUGGCCAAUUGUCUGGUGUUGCUCUCCCGUCCGGCAAGCGGCGGUGCCGCCGGGAAAACGCCGCCGUCAGGAUGGGAAUUCGAGUGCAAGACCUGCCAAAAGAAGUUCAAGUCUUUCCAGGCUCUGGGCGGCCAUCGGGCCAGCCACAAGCGCCCCAAAAUAGACCAGCAAAAGCUUCAACACAACAAUGUGAAUAUCAAAAAACGACACGAAUGUCCGGUCUGCGGCUUGGAAUUUGACCUCGGCCAGGCCUUGGGCGGUCACAUGAGAAAACAUCGUGACCAAUUACAUAGUGACGACAAGAAAUCCCCAGAUUCGUUAACAGUGACGACUGUCAAGAACGAGGAGCACAGCGCUGGGAUUAAGAAGAAGAACGAGGUUUUGUUUGACUUGAAUUUUACGCUUCUAGAGAAUGAUUCUAUUGUACAUAGGAGAUUUGUUCCUACAACUUUGGAUUUGUUUAUUUAAUUUUGUAGUUAGUAAUAGGAUUCGGAGUAGUAAAUUCAUUAGAAUGGAUUUUGAUUGAUUUAAUAUUUUUUUAUCACUCGUUAUGAAAAUAUUGAAUUAAUUAUAUAUUAGCUUAGAUUUAAACAUGUAUACAGAAUUAAUUAAAAAUGAAAAAUAUUUUGUUUAAGCUAAA